GGGAGUAGUAGCUAACGUUAUUCAGUAGCAACACAACACAAGUUGAGCACCUGUUAAUAAUACCUAACCACCAUUAGUGUUAUAGGGCAGUUUGACGACAGGACUGAGUGAUAAUGAAAGAAGACAAAGAAAAUACUCGUCCUAGAGAGAAAAAAGUGGAUAUUAAAUGUGAAGAAAAUGAAAAGCCCGACAAGCCAUGUAAAGACAAAAAGGAAGCAAUGACCAAGAUUGUCAUCCGACGUCUCCCACCAAGUUUAACAAAGGAGGAAUUAGAAGAGCAACUGCAACCAUUACCUGAAGUUGACUACCUUGAGUUCUUUUCUAACGACACCAGCCUUUACCCGCACCUCUUCUCAAGAGCGUAUCUAAAUUUCAAGAAUCAAGAUGAUAUCGUACUCUUCCGAGAUCGAUUUGAUGGAUAUGUCUUUAUCGACAGCAGAGGUCAGGAGUAUCCAGCAGUUGUGGAGUUUGCACCAUUCCAGAAAAUUGCCAAAAGGAGGAGCAAGAAAAGGGAUGCCAAAAGUGGAACAAUUGAAGAAGAUGGUGAUUACAAGAAGUUCCUGGAGUUUUACAAUGGAGAUGAUGAAAAGCUGACAUCUACACCAGAGACUCUGCUUGAGGAGAUCGAGGCUAAAACGAAAGAACUUAUUGCCAAGAAGACCACACCUCUCUUGGAUUUCCUGAAGAAUAAACAGAGAAUAAGGGAGGAGAAGAAAGAAGAGAGGAGAAGGAGGGAGCUGGAGCGAAAGCGCUUGCGGGAUGAGGAACGACGCAAGUGGAGAGAAGAGGACAGACGGAAACGGAAGGAUGCUGAAAAAUUUAAAAAAGGAGAGAGAGCCGCUGAAAAGGACAAAGAACAGUCCAAAGAAGAACCCAAGAUCAAGCUCCUUAAGAAACCUGAGAAAGCUGAUGAAGGUGAGGCUGAGAAGCCAAAAGAGAAGGGGAAGAAGGCCGAGCGAGAGAAGCAGAAGGAGGAGAGGGGUCCUGGAAGCUCUGACAUGAAGAAGCGCCAGAAUGGGGAAAACCGUGAGGACAGGCCAAGAAAGUUAGAUGAAGAUGGCCGCAAAGACUACAGAGAUCGGGAUGCGGAUAGAGAUAGGGAACGAGAUCGCGAACGCCGCCUGAAAGAAAAGGAGCGUAUCAGACGACAAGAUGAGGACCGGCGUAGGAGGAGAGAGCGUCAUGAUGGAGAGAACACCUUCAAAAAGCGAGAGGAGGAAGGAAGGAAAGAGCGUUGGGAGAAAAGGAGGAAUGAAAACAGUGGGGAAUCCUCCAGUCAUGCAGAUAAACCUGAAAAAACAUCUAAAGACCACAAAAAGGAGGAAAGCAACAAAAGAGAGCGGCUGAGGAACAAGGACCGGCCUGCCAUCCAGCUCUACCAGCCGGGUGCCAGGAGCCGCAACCGGACCAGUGGGCCGUCAGGCGACGCUCAUGUGGCCAAUAAGAAGGCUGAUGGUGAUGGCAAGAACACCCAGGAGAAGGGCGAGGAGUGAGCAGGCUUGGAUCCAGCACCGCUCGGCCUGUUGGCCCAGGAGAGAGGCUCUUGCUUGGGUGCAAAGGGUAUUGCAAUGGGAUGUUGGGUGCAGAUGACGCCUCCAGGACUGUGCAGUUCCUCAUACUCUCGUUCCAUUUUUGGAAAGAAGACAAAGAUGGGUGGGCCCUCAAGUGCCUGGAUGAACCACUCUUAAUUGUGUCAGUGAGAGGCUAGGGGAAAAUGCAGUCCAUUAAAGAUGGAUAUAGCUCAGUCUUGGUUUAGGAAGGAGAAAAACCAAAGUCAUUUAACCAGGUCGGCUCAGAAGUGACCUUAAUGUUUAUACACAGCCAAAAUUGCUGCAUCAUACAGCCACACAGUGAGUUCAAAAUGUUUUUCUUAGAGCACAACCCUGUUUAGUAAUGCAAGAGGAAGGCUUGGAGUCAGUUCCUCAGUAUUACAUUAGACUUUUGUUGUCAACUUUACUUUGCCUCCCAAAGGCUUGUCACAAUUAGCAACUUUCUGUCUUUCAGUUUUUACCCUAUUCUCACAAUUAUUCUCUGUGUAUUUUCAGAAAGCAAUGACUCCUAUUACUAAAGUCAAUAUUUCAAAGCUGACAUCUUGGAUGCAAACUAUCAGGCUAGUACCUGUGGCCUACUCUGCCCUUGCAAAAUGAGGUAUUGCUCAUGUGCAAACAGUGCUGCACCAUAACAAGCCCCAAACUUGUUCACGCUCAUAAUUUCCUUAUACCCUGACCUGCCUGUAAUUCACACAAUGACAGGUUUAAGAGAUCCUUAUAUUUUGCUUUUUUAAUUGCUACGUUCUUGUAAAAUACAAAACUGUUUUUUGUUUUGUUUAAAUAAAGCAUUGAACAUCA